AUGACACUAAUCAAUCCAAUAAAUCAAUCGACCACAUCAAGUCGCAUGAAAAGUAUAUUUAUCACAUUAUGCAUUUUACUAUGUAUUAUUUCAAUUUUUCUCUAUUCAAAUGCAACAUUCAAUUGGUUGUUUUUAAAUAAAAUUUUAGUUUCUAAUUUAAUACAUAUUUCACAUGAAUCAGAAAAUAUCACCGUAGUACCUUUAAUAAAUAAAACUGAGAAUAUUCCGCAAGAGAAAAAGAUUUCACUGCCGCCAGCACAAAAUCGUCGUUUCGCAAUAUUUGCAUGUUCAAUUCAUGCGAAUACAUUCGCGUACACAUUUUAUACGCCAAUAACCGCUGCCAGUUGGCAACGUAUUGGUUAUCAAGCAAUCGUAGUGUUUGUUGGAGAUUUUACUAAGCCAAAUGUGAUGACGCCUCGAUUAAAUUUAUCGCGGAAUUACUUAAAACAUGUCGGUGCACAUAUUGUUGAUGUACAAUGUAACGAAUCUUAUUCAAUCAAAUUAUCUCAAUUAAUACGAGUUUUUUCCGGGUUUUUACCAGAUAGUAUAGCGCAAGAUGAUGAUAAUAUCUUAACCGGUGAUAGUGAUUUAAUUCCAUUGAAAGCAAGUGAAUAUCAGCCGAAAAAUGGAACAGAUGGUUAUAUCUUUAAUGCGUUUUGUUGUGGACAAUUUCAGCGACAUGGAAAAACUUACACAAUGUUUCCAAUGGGUCAUGUAUUUUUGCAGAAGAAAGCAUGGCGAGCUAUAGUUAUGGAAUCUCAACAACGUGCUGAACUUCUCGUGAAUGCUACUAACCAGACACAAUAUUUGUUAAGUGAAAAGGCUCCUCUCUCAUUUGAAACUAUCACUUUAUAUGGUCGACAUGAAUUUGGAAAGGUCUAUGAUCAACAUAUGGAUAAAGGCGAUUCUGCUUGGUAUAUGGAUCAAAUAUUUUGUUCAAUGUUAUUAAUUGAUUAUCGUUCUAAACAUAAAAAUUUUUCAGUACAUGAAAGGGGUCGUGCUGAUCGACUUGAUCGUGCAUUUCCAAUGAGCUUUUGGAAUAGAGAUAAUUUUAAUCAAUUUGGUGAUGCACAUUUAAAACAUGAUGAAAUCUUACAAGAAGGUAAUUGGCAAAUAUUUAAUAAAUUACUUAAAAGUCUAUUUAAUGGCACGCUCGUGACAUUGUUUAAUGAUUAUCAUAGACAGUAUAUGAUUAUUGACAAAGUGGUAGCAACGCCAGCAACGCUAGUUAAGCCGUGA